AUGGAUAAGAACGCGUCUGCUCUCUCGUGGCACGAGCAGUUACAAUGCUGGUGUUUGAAUUUCCGCGGACGUGUCACCGUCGCGUCGGUUAAAAACUUCCAGCUGGUGGCGUCAAGACUUCCACCGCCGCCGCCGACGACGCAAGGGACGACGACAGCUGCACCACCGCCGCCGCACCCGGAGCAAGACAAAGUGAUUCUCCAGUUUGGUAAAGUUGGGAAAGAUAUGUUCACGAUGGAUUAUAGGUAUCCGUUAUCGGCGUUUCAGGCGUUUGCGAUUUGCUUAAGCAGCUUUGACACCAAGCUCGCUUGUGAAUAG